CGACUCAGCAUUAAGACCACUCAACGACGGUCCAUCAGUGUAGAUAAAACCUUCCUGCCGGAGAGAAGAGUGAGUCUUGCCGGAGAGACGAGUAAUUCGAAUGGUUUGUUCUCACUAUCAUCCUUCCGUGAUUUCCGCAGAGAGAGCUCUAUAACCGGGAAAAAUCCUCAAAUGCGACUGGUUUUGUUCUCUUUUAAACUUUAAAUUUCUCUCAUGGAUAUUGCAAUUUCGUAUAAGCCGAAUCCGCUUAUCUCUUCAUCGACCCAAUUGUUGAAAAUACCUAAAAAUUCUGGUCUUGUUCGGCUUCCCGUCAAGUAUGGACUGGGAGUUACCCGGGAAAAACAGCUCUUCCGAGUUUAUGCGUCUCAAAGUAGUAGUGGGUCUUCGUCUAAUAACGACAAUGGCUUUUCGUGGGUUAGAUUGAUGCGGUCUAUUCGCCUUGGUGCAGAGAGGAUAGGGGAGAAGGUUGGAGAGUCUGUGAAGAAGGAAAUUGGGUUUGACUCGGACGAGUAUGUGGGUCGAGUUAAGGAUACUGUGCACAAGGGCCAGCACGAGUUGACUCGCUUUAAGACUGAGACAGUGCCUUUGUUUAUUGAUUGGAACAAGUGGGAGCACUGGAAGGACAUUAGGAACUGGGACGGUAAAAGAGUUGCUACCUUGGUCAUUUACGCUUUUGCGCUGUUGUUUUCUUGUCAAAGAGUUUAUGUUGCAAUUCAAGCUCCCAGGAUAGAACGAGAAAGAAAAGAGUUAACAGAGUCUUUUAUGGAGGCUUUGAUCCCCGAGCCGUCUCCUGGCAAUAUAGAAAAGUUUAAGAGAAAUAUGUGGAGGAAAACAACACCCAAAGGCUUGAAACUAAAAAGGUUUAUCGAAGGGCCUGAUGGAACACUUGUCCACGAUACUUCUUAUGUUGGAGAAAAUGCGUGGGAUGAGGAUCUGGAGACCACGCAAGGAUCUCUCAAGAAAAUAAUUGAUAGAAAUGCUAGGAUUCAGACAGAGGCAAAGAAGAAAUUAAGCCAAGAUCUGGGUGUUUCUGGUGAAACUGGGAACAGUGUAGGUACUUGGCGGGAAAGGCUUGCAACCUGGAAGGAAAUGUUAGAAAGAGAAAAAUUAUCAGAGAAGUUAAACUCCGCAGCGGCAAAAUAUGUUGUUGAAUUUGAUAUGAAGGAGGUAGAGAAAAGUCUUCAAAAGGAUGUUAUUGAAAGGACAUCUGAAACUGAGGGAACUAGAGCUCUUUGGAUAUCAAAGAGAUGGUGGCGAUAUCGCCCUAAGCUUCCCUAUACCUACUUUCUUCAGAAGCUUGAUUCUUCUGAGGUGGCAGCUGUUGUCUUCACGGAAGACUUAAAGAGAUUGUAUGUGACCAUGAAAGAAGGUUUCCCUGUAGAAUAUAUCGUUGACAUUCCCUUAGAUCCUUACUUGUUUGAGACCAUUUGCAACGCUGGAGUUGAGGUGGAUCUUCUUCAGAAGAGGCAGAUCCACUACUUCAUGAAAGUGUUCGUUGCACUUCUGCCGGGGAUACUAAUUUUAUGGUUUAUUAGAGAAUCUGCCAUGCUUCUCCUCAUCACAUCCAAGCGUUUUCUCUACAAGAAGUAUAAUCAGCUAUUUGAUAUGGCUUAUGCGGAAAAUUUUAUAUUGCCGGUUGGAGAUGUCAGUGAGACAAAAUCAAUGUAUAAAGAUGUGGUACUAGGUGGUGAUGUCUGGGAUCUUCUUGAUGAACUAAUGAUAUACAUGGGGAACCCAAUGCACUACUAUGAAAAAGAUGUGGCUUUUGUCAGGGGUGUGCUUCUUUCUGGACCUCCUGGAACUGGAAAAACACUUUUUGCGCGAACACUUGCAAAGGAAAGUGGGCUACCAUUUGUGUUUGCAUCUGGUGCGGAGUUUACAGACAGUGAAAAAAGUGGUGCUGCAAAAAUCAACGAGAUGUUUUCAAUCGCGAGACGAAAUGCACCUGCUUUUGUGUUUGUGGAUGAAAUAGAUGCUAUUGCUGGUAGGCAUGCUAGAAAAGAUCCACGAAGAAGAGCAACUUUUGAAGCUUUAAUUGCCCAGCUCGACGGGGAUAAGGAAAAGACAGGCAUUGAUAGGUUUUCCUUGAGACAAGCUGUGAUAUUCAUAUGUGCCACCAAUAGACCUGAUGAACUCGACCUUGAGUUUGUCCGUUCUGGACGUAUUGACCGUCGGCUAUAUAUUGGUUUGCCUGAUGCAAAGCAAAGGGUGCAAAUAUUUGGAGUUCACAGUACCGGGAAGAACCUUGCAGAAGAUAUAGACUUUGGGAAGCUUGUUUUUCGGACUGUUGGCUUUUCCGGGGCAGAUAUCCGAAAUCUUGUUAACGAAGCAGCUAUAAUGUCGGUAAGGAAGGGACGUUCUUACAUAUAUCAGCAGGACAUUGUUGAUGUGUUAGAUAAACAAUUGCUCGAGGGUAUGGGUGUGCUUCUUACAGAGGAAGAGCAACAGAAGUGUGAACAAAGUGUAUCUUACGAAAAGAAGAGACUUCUGGCUGUUCAUGAGGCUGGUCAUAUAGUGUUGGCUCAUUUGUUUCCUCGAUUUGACUGGCAUGCAUUUUCACAGCUCCUUCCUGGUGGCAAGGAAACUGCUGUAUCGGUUUUCUAUCCACGUGAAGACAUGGUAGAUCAAGGUUAUACCACAUUUGGUUAUAUGAAAAUGCAAAUGGUGGUAGCCCAUGGUGGACGUUGUGCUGAGCUUGUGGUUUUUGGUGAUGAUGUCACUGAUGGAGGAAAAGAUGACCUGGAGAAGAUAACAAAAAUUGCCAGGGAGAUGGUGAUUAGCCCCCAAAAUGCGAGAUUAGGUCUCACUCAACUGGUAAAAAAGAUUGGAAUGGUGGAUUUACCGGAUAACCCAGAUGGCGAGCUGAUAAAAUACCGGUGGGAUCAUCCUCAUGUAUUGCCAGCGGAUAUGUCAGUUGAAGUAUCCGAGCUAUUCACACGAGAGUUGACAAGGUAUAUUGAGGAGACUGAAGAACUUGCGAUGAAUGCUCUGAGAACAAAUAGACACAUUCUGGACUUGAUCACCAGAGAGUUAUUGGAAAAAUCAAGGAUUACGGGAUUGGAAGUUGAAGAGAAAAUCAAGGGUCUUUCUCCUCUGAUGUUUGACGAUUUUGUGAAGCCAUUCCAGAUAAAUGCUGACGAUGAGGAACCUUUGCCUCACAAGGAUCGAGUGAGCUAUCAGCCAGUUGAUCUACGUCCUGCCCCACUCCACAGAUGCUAGAAGCUUUGCUCUUCUCCUGUCACCACAGGAUUGAUCAAUCUCGAAAAAUCAUCUUAAAAGAGCUUGAAUUUUUGUAGGUGAGAGUACUUGCCUCCC